AUGUCCUGUCUGCCGGAGAACUACCAGAUGAAGUACUACAUGUACCACCACCUGUCCUGGCCGUCGCUUUCCUUCGUGGCGGUGGACGAGACCGACGGCGGCAAGGUCGUGGGUUACGUGCUGGCCAAGCUCGAUGAUGACACCCCUGCCACAACUACCGCUGGCACUGCCCCCCCUACCCCCGCUGGCCCGGUGGGCCACAUCACCUCGGUGGCCGUGCUGCGCUCGCAUCGCCGCCUUGGCCUGGCUCGCAAGUUGAUGGAGCAGUCGAUGCACUCCAUGUCCUCGAAUUACAAUGCGUCCAAGGUCUCGCUGCACGUUCGCUGCUCCAAUCGCGCCGCACUGGCCCUUUACCGCGACACCCUCGGCUAUGAGGUCCUCGACACCGAACACAAGUAUUAUGGGGAUGGGGAAGAUGCUCUGGCCAUGUCUUGCGACCUGACCAACUGGUCCAUCUCCGAGUAG